CUCAGGUCAUCUGCAGCUGCAGCAAAGGAGAAGCAGGAAAGAUGGCGAUCAUCCAUUAGACCGACCGGGCGCACGCAUGAAAUACGAGGACAACUUUUGGGAGGAUCGCUUGAGGAGAAGAUUGUACCAGCUUCCCUGAUUUUCCAGGGAGUUCAGCCCCUUGUCAGUGAUGGAGGUAUUGCAGUGUGAUGGCUGUGACUUCCGUGCAGAGUCAUACGAUGACUUGAAGACCCACAUUCAGGAAGUGCACACCGUUUUCCUGCAGCCUGCAGAUGCAGAUGAGUCUGAUUCUCUGAGAGAUGAGGAUGAGGAUGAAGACGAAGAGGAGGAAUAUGAAGAUAAGGACGACAAGGAUGACAAGGAUGACAAGGAUGACAAUGAUUCUGCGCCCUCUAAAGCUGGAAUGAGCCCCAACUCUACUGAUGCUCACAACAAAACAUUACAAACGCAAACCGCUGAAACCCAUCUUUCAUUUUACCAGUGCAAGUUCUGCAUCCGUUACUUCCGAUCAAAGUCAUUCUUAAGGAACCACACCAAAAAGGUGCAUGAUGUGGAGGAGGAAGAUUCAGAUGCAAGUGUCUCCUCUGAGACAGCUAAGCAGCCCAGCGACACUGUAACAAUGCACAAUGAUCAUUCAAAAAUGUAUUCAUGUCAGUAUUGCACAUACAAGUCUCCACGAAAAGCGAGGAUAUUAAAACACCAACUAAUGUAUCAUAGCAAAGCUCCCUCAGACGAUGCUGGAGAUCCUCCAGAGGACAUUGACACUGAGGAGGACUCUGAUUCAGCUAGUGGGCUCACCAAGGGAACGUUUCCCUGUGAAUGGUGUGACUAUCAAACUGACCAGAAAGACAGCUGGACUGAUCAUGUGAUAAAAGAGCACAGUAAUAAUGUCAAGAUAAUUUCCAGCACAGCAAAGCCAGAAGGAGAGACAAGUUCAAGCUCACCCAAACCAGAUUCUCCCUCCUCUUCUCAAAGCCCAACUAGGUCAAAGAUAAGUUUUGGUGGGGAGGAGGAAUCAGUGGAGAAAACAGCAGAAAACACAGGUGAAAAAACAGUUACAGAGAUUUCAUCCUUUCAUUAUGCACAAAUUAGUGCAGUAACACCUAACAGCACAGGCACCUCUAUUUUAUCAAAGAGGUUUGCCUCAUCUGAUGCCUCCAACAGUGUCAUAAAGAUGGAUACUGACUUAGUCAAUGAAGAAGACUCAAGGAGCAGCUUAGAUGACGAUGAUGAUGAUGAAGAAUUGGGUGAUAUUGAUGAUCCCAGCUAUACUGGAACCCUGUCUGCAGAUGUAAAGCAGCUAUUAACAGAUGAUGAUAAUAAAUUACUAGAAACUAAAGGAAUACCCUUCAGAAAGUAUAUGAACAGAUUUCAGUGCCCCUUCUGCUCGUUCCUCACCAUGCACAGGCGGAGCAUCUCCCGCCACAUUGAAAACAUUCACCUCUCUGGCAAAGCCACUGUGUAUAAAUGUGACGAAUGCCCCUUCAUUUGCACCAGCUCCCUGAAACUGGGCACGCACAAACAAACCCACAAUCCCUCCGAUUUAGAGACAUUGGAUCUUACAGGUGACAGUCCGGAGCCUCAGAAUGAAGGUGCCACAGAGCCGGUUAAUGGGGGAAAUGUAAGUUCCAGAGUAAAUGGAAAAAAGACAACCAGCACACCCAACGACCAGCAGAACCCUCAUCGCUGCACACUUUGCAGUUUCUCUACCACCACUCUUAAAGGUCUGAGGGUCCACCAGCAGCAUAAGCAUUCCUACUGUGAUGACCUAGAUUCCACUGUCUUUGAAACCCAGCUGACUGACCAGCCAGAUUCUGAAGUGGAGGCUUCUCCAAUCUUUCUACAAAAAACCCAGACACCCAUUUUAGGACUUGCCACCAAAAAGUCCUUAGUAACAGGGAAAAGAGCCAGGAAGUCAAUUAAUGACUUGCCUUUGGAUUUGUCCUCAGUCAAAAAGAGAACCAGAAUUGAUGAAAUUGCCAGUAACCUUCAGAGUAAGAUAAGCCAGAGCCAGCAGGAUGCGAUUAUAAAUCUGGAUGACAUGGACGAUGAAGAUGCUGGAGAAAAUAAUGCCAGUGCUGAUGAGGGUGGAAACCAUGACAACAGAAAUCCUGUCUUUGCUUACAACAUGCUGCAGCUUCACGCAAGAGGUUCAGCAAUCUCUCAUGAGGGAGGCAGGAUAGGGAAAAGAAAAAGCAACCCUAAGUCAAAGCCCAGAAGCAUUCCUAUAUCCCUGACUCUCUCAGAUGACAGUGAGAAUAUCUCAGCUGAUCCCAGUGAUGGCACUCUCCACGAUAACAUGGACUAUUCAGAGGGUGCUGGAACAACGCGUUUCUAUUGUAAACACUGUGAUUACCACAACAAAUCAGCUCGGAGCGUUAGCACUCAUUACCAGAGGAUGCACCCUUACAUCAAGUUCAGCUUUAAGUACAUCCUGGACCCAGAAGACCAGAGCGCAGUCUUCCGCUGCUUGGAGUGCUACAUUGAAUACACAAAUUACAACGAUUUGCACCAACACUACAUGGACCACCACCCUGAAGCAAGCAAUGUGCUAAACUUCAAUCAACCACAUCUGCUAUACAUGUGUCGCUUUUGUUCAUACACAAGCCCCAACGUUAGGAGCCUGAUGCCUCAUUACCAAAGAAUGCAUCCAACAGUCAAAAUCAACAAUGCCAUGAUCUUUUCCAGCUAUAUUGUAGAGCAGACUCACAAAACAGGGGAAUCACAAACUCUGAGAGAAAUCCUAAACUCCGCUCCCAAAAGUUUUAACUCAUCCACUUCAAUGCCCAGAUCAUCCUCAAGCCCUGUGCUGAAAACUGUUCCCAAGUCCCCUGAAGCUAGUGCCGAGACAGAGCCUCUUAAAGAGACUAUGAGCGGUAAUGUGGUUGUCUAUGAUUGUGAUGUGUGUUCCUUUACUAGCCCCAACAUGCACUCAGUGUUAGUCCACUACCAGAAGAAACACCCUGAGCAAAAGGCAUCUUAUUUCCGCAUACAGAAAACCAUGAAAUUAAUCUCUGUGGAUCAGUCCCAGCCUUUAGCCAACUCCUCUUUCAGCCUCGGUAUGUCAUCCACUACAAAACAAUCAAGUGCAGCACUGUACGGAUCAGAUGAAGAAAUGUACUACUGUAAGCACUGUGUGUACAGCAACAGAUCAGUUGUUGGCGUGUUGGUCCAUUAUCAAAAAAGACAUCCAGAAGUAAAAGUUACAGCUAAAUAUAUCAAACAUGGCGCUCCUACCCCUGGCUUAAUGAAAUUAAUGGAUGAAUUGCAGAUUGCAACUCCCAAACAGUUUUUGAAGCAGUUUCAAAACAACGGCCACGACGGCUCCAAUAACCUAAGUCCUAAAUCGGGAGGGGGUGAGAAAGGUGAAGACGAGCUGUUCUUCUGUCAGCACUGUGAUUACGGCAACCGCACUGUCAAAGGAGUGCUUAUCCACUACCAGAAAAAGCAUAGAGAAACCAAGGCCAAUGCUGACCUAGUGCGUCGUCACACUGCAGUUGUGAGGAGUCAGCGCGAGCAUGCACAGAUGGUCCAGUCAGGCAGUGUCUCCUCUGCUGUGAUCCCAGCUCCUAUAGACCAUGAAAACGCCACACCUUUGCGCUCCCUUAAGUGCAGACACUGUUCCUAUACAUCCCCUUAUGUCUAUGCGCUAAAGAAGCACCUAAAGAAAGAGCACCCCACUGCGAAAGCCACAGCCUUGACCAUUUUACACUGGGCUUACCAAGAUGGCAUUUUGGAGGCGGGAUACCAUUGUGAGUGGUGCAUUUACUCUCAUGCUGAACCCCAGGGCCUGUUGCUCCACUACCAAAGACGCCACCCUGAGCAUAAUGUCGAUUAUGCAUACAUGGCCAGUAAGCUCUGGGCUGGGCCUGAAACAACUCAGCAUGGGGGCAAUAUGGAAACUAAACAUUAUAAAUGUAAAGACUGUGCCUUUGAGGCUUGUAGCAUAUGGGACAUCACCAGUCACUAUCAGGCUGUGCACCCCUGGGCUAUCAAAGGGGAUGAAUCUGUGCUUUUGGAUAUUAUCAAAGGGACAGGUUCAAAUGAAAAGACUCACCAGCAGGUUUCCAAGGAACAUACACCUCUGAAUUGCCAGCCUAUUGAAGAUGAAGGAGCAUUAGUCAUUGCCACCCCACCUCAAGAAAGCAACCCCCACCCAUCCCACCCACGCCUUUCCAUCUCUAAUAAUCCUUAUCAGUGUACGGUAUGUCUGUCUGAGUACAAUAGUCUCCACGGUCUCCUCACUCACUAUGGCAAGAAGCACCCAGGCAUGAAAGUAAAGGCUGCAGAUUUUGCACAAGAAGCAGACAUCAACCCCAGUUCUGUGUAUAAGUGCCGCCACUGUCCAUACGUGAACUCCCGCAUUCACGGAGUCCUGACUCACUAUCAGAAAAGACACCCAUUGGUCAAAGUCACUGCAGAAGAUUUUGCAGAUGAUAUUGAGCACAUCUCUGAGUUACAUGAAGGAGACGACAAGUUCAAAACCCAAAGGCAGGGCUAUGGAGCAUACAGAUGCAAAAUGUGCCCAUACACACAUGGGACACUGGAGAAACUCAAAAUUCACUAUGAGAAAUAUCAUAAUCAGUCUGCCUCUGAAAUGUUCACGCCAUCUCUGACAAAUUUUUCCUCCAGUAAAGAAACACAGCCAGUUGGUGAAUGCAGUGCUGCUAAUAUGUCAGCAAAUUUCCAGGAGUUGAGCGAAUUGGACAUUGCCCUCUCUCAGUUACCCAUCAAUAAGACAGAGAAAAAUGCUGUAUUCAAGUGUCAGCUCUGCAAGUAUUUCUGCUCUACUAGGAAAGGCAUUGCUCGCCAUUACCGUAUCAAGCACAACAAUGUGCGGGCUCAGCCAGAAGGUAAAAAUAAUGUCUUCAAAUGUGCUCUGUGUUCAUACACAAACCCUAUACGCAAAGGCCUGGCAGCACACUACCAGAAGCGUCAUGAUAUUGAUGCCUAUUACACCCAUUGUCUGGCAGCAUCCAAGACUAUCACCGACAAGCCCAGUAAAGUGAUGCCACCACCACCAUCAGAAGGGGAAAGUUCAGAAAUGAGUGAAGACCUUCGUCUGGCUGUGGAGAGACGACGAUGCAAUCUCUGCGGCUUCCAGGCCUUCAGCAGGAAGAGCAUUGUGUCACAUUAUAUUAAACGCCAUCCAGGUGUCUUCCCCAAGAAGCAGCAUUCUAGCAAACUUGGUCGCUACUUCACCAUUAUUUAUGCCAAAGAGCCUGAGAAGACUGCAGUCAGUGAGCUGCCAGAGGAAGACAAAGAAGUGCUGGAGGUUCCGCUUGAGCCCGAACUGGACAGAGAUGACGACUGGCUACCGUUCAAGUGUCUGAAAUGCUUCCGGUUGUCCUUCAGCACUGGCCAGCUGCUCUCUAUGCACUACAAUGACCAUCACAACACAGACUUGAAGAGGGACUUUUUGGUAUCUCCUGGACCCGAGGAUGAGGACUCUGAGUUAUACCAGUGUUCUCACUGCGAGCUAAAGUUCCUGACUCUUCCCAGUAUGGCUAAUCAUCUACUGAGCCACAAUGAGGAGUUUGAGAAGAGGGCCAUGAGGAUGGAGAGAAAGAAUCAGCUUCUCUGUAAGCAGAAAACCACAGAGCUGCUGGAGGAUAAACCUGAAAAGGAAAACCCUGCAAACAAAACUCCCAUAGGAUUCAGAUGCAACUUCUGUGUAGAGAUACACCCAACCCUCCGAGCCAUCUGCAACCACCUUAGGAAGCACGUCCAGUAUGGAGAAGUCAAAGAGGGUCAUGUCAAGCAGGAAGUCACUGAGGUCCCCCUGACCAAUGGCGACCUGGAUGGGGAUGAAGCAGCUGAAGUUGACGGGCUUGAAAGACCUGCAACUUCAACAAUGGGCUCACCAUAUUCCACAGCUUCUGGCGGUGUUGAUGUUGCCGUGGAGACCCUGGAUCCAGACACAGAAGCUAUUGAAGGAAGAGCAGCAGCCCUUGUGGCUGCAGCCCGGGCUGUGGUGUCAGAGGGUCAGCUGAAGCAACGGCUAGCAGCUGGAGGUUACCCAUGUGCCCAGUGCGACCGGGUCUUCAUGUCCAUGCAGGGGUUGAGAUCCCAUGAGAGAAGCCAUUCAGCCAUGGCUUUAUUCAGCAGAGAGGACAAAUACAGCUGCCAGUACUGCCAGUUUGUUUCACCCUUCAGACACAACCUGGAUAGACAUGUGCAGUCUCACCACGGGCACCAUAAGCCCUUCAAGUGCAAGCUCUGCCCCUUUAAAUCUGCCUACUUGAGUCGCCUGAAGAGCCACCUGCAUAAGGCUCACACAGGUGAGCAGUACACUUACAAGUGUUUGUCGUGCCCCUUCUCCUCUAUGACCAUCAGCCAACUAAAGGAGCAUUCUCUAAGGGACCACGGCGAGGUUUUGACGCUCCCCAAACUCAGAGCUGCUACCCAGGCUGCACACGCCGCCCUCAGGCCACCCCGACUGGCCACAAAUACUGAGCACCUUCCUCUGGCCCCUGAUGAUCCAUCAUACCUGGAGCCAGCGGAUGUUCGUCAGCAGCUUAGUCAUUACAAACUGGCCUCCCGCUGUCAAAUGUCUUCCAUCUCCAAACCUAGCAGCUCAAUAUUGUCUGACGGUCGUCCAGAUGGCGUCCUCACAUGCGAGUUCUGUGAGUUCAGCUCUGGAUACAUGCAGAGUCUGCGUCGGCACUACCGGGACCGCCACGGAGGCAAGAAGCUCUUUAAGUGCAAAGAUUGCUCCUUUUUCACCUGCUAUAGGAAUAACUUCACCAUGCAUGUGGAGGCUGGUCACAACAACAAUGCACCUGAGGAGCACCCUAAAGACCUGCGCUGCCCUCUCUGCCUCUACCACACCAAACACAAGAGCAACAUGAUUGACCACAUUAUUCUGCACAGAGAGGAGCGCGUGGCUCCGCUGGAGGUCAGCCGCUCCAAGCUGUCGCGCCACCUUCAGGGCCUGGUGUUCCGCUGCCACAAAUGCACCUUCACGUGUUCCAGUGACCAGGCCCUGCAGCUGCACCUGCAGAAGCACGAUGAGAUCAAGCCCUACCAGUGCCAGCUCUGCUACUAUGACAGCUGCCGACGAAGCCAGCUGGAGGAGCAUCUACGCCUUGAGCACAAGGUUAUCCGUAACUUUGAGCUGAUGGGCCGGGUCAACCUGGACCAGCUGGAGAUGAUCAAGGCACAAGGGAGCAGCACAGACGAGGAAGAGGACGGAGACAUUAUGGAGUUAGUAGUAGAUGGACAAGCUGUUCUGGAGGAGGAGGAGGAGGAGGAGGAAGAAGAUGAGGAGGAGGGCAGGGUUGAGGAGGUGGAAGAGGUGGAGGAUGACGAUGAAUCAAUGGAAGUUAUGGAGAACAUGGUGGAGAACCAGCAAGAGAUGGAUGGUGAAGACAUGGAGGAGAACAUCAAAGAGCAAGUGGAUGAGGGGGAGGAGGAAGAAGAAGAAGAGCAGGAAGAGGAGGAGGAAAAUGAGGCGGAAGAGGGGGAAGUCAAGGAGAUGGUGGAGGAGAAGCCUGCCCUGCAAGAGGUCCUUGCUUCCCCCAGCAGCACUGGCUCUGGGCCAAGCAGUGGUGAGAAGCGUCUUCCCUGUGAGUUCUGUGGCCGCUGCUUCACCAACAGCCUCGAAUGGGAGCGACACGUCCUUCGACAUGGCAUGGUGGUUAACAACAAUCGGCCCGACACCGGCUCCACUUCAGCAAUAGAGGCCUCUGCUCCAUCUUCCACCGGCUCCUCUGUGUUUUCUGACACAAAUCUGGACCUGGCAAGCAACUGUAAAGAGGAAGGAAAUCCUGCUGAUCUACCCCUGACAAGUCAAAGCCAGUAUGUGGAAGACAAAGAAAUGCUUGACACCAAAAAGGAUCAACAGUUUGGUUGAACUUGUGGCCUCUUGAGAUACCCGCACUAGAAAAUGGAUGGAUUCAGUGCUCGGGAUGGGCAAGUUUGAACGUUAAAGGAAGCAAAGAGGCUGAAAACAAGAAAAGUGACUUUUUAUAAGUUGGUGCAUUAGUAGAUUUUAGGUGUUACAUAUACAAGUAUUAGGUUGUGCUGCAUAAACGGCUGAGCUCUUGAAAUGGGCAGUCCCCUAGGACAGAUCUUAAUAUAUUGGUAACCAAUAGUGAACAGAACUCUUUAUUGCUGACAUUCUGGUCAAAUCUACAGUGAAAGAUCCCACCUAGAUUAAAAAUUAAGCUAUUUAUAAACAAUAUUGUCCAAAACAGUUAAUUCAAUUUAGCAUUUUUUUUUAUUUGAAGCACCUUUUACUGUACUCUCCACCCUGCUCAUCCAAAACAGGGGUUCUGUGAAUUCACUUUAAAGUAAAACAAAGAAGGUAUGAAAGCAUUUGCAAACAUGGCCCACUGAAGAGCUACCAGUACUUAUUUCUUGGCGAAUUGGGACUUUUUUUUUCCAUGUGUGGAAGCAUCCCUUAAGGAAGAGUCGCACCUUAUGUUUUUCAUAAAAUCACAAGUCAUGUUUUCUUCUUCUUCUUUUUUCAUUUGGAAAGAUUUUGAAAAUUUUCCUCAGUUUUUGUAGUAAAUUGCUGUAAUUUAGGUCCCUUAAUAUUAUACUACGUAUAAGCCUUCGACCUGUGACUCCCGGCUCGUUUUACCUGUUCUGCUUUUGUUGUUCAGUUCACCUGAAGUCAUAGAAAUUCCCGUUUCUCCGUGAAAUGUCUUGUUGUUUGUAGACCGAGCAAAUGUUUAUAAUGUGUCAUGACUGUAUGUGCAGGUUUUCCGCUCUUACGGCCAAGUAACAAAGAUUACACUUGUCUUUUCCAUGCAUAAUGUGUGAUUGGCAGUGCAAGACUCCAGUUCCGAUCCAGACAGUACAAACCACCAGGUGCGGUCGAGAUGACAGUAUGCACAGGAUCAAACCACACUACAUUCAGACCAAGUGUCAACCAACUAGACUGUGUUUUGAAACCAGUGCGUUAAGUGCCUUACAAUCCAACUCAAUACAAAUAAUACUGUAUGGCUUUAAUGGCUUUAAGAAACACACAAAUCGCUGUGAAUUACUAAGAAAUACACUCAGAUUCUCUCUCAAAAAUGACAUAUUUUUAUACAAAACUGCUAAUUUAACCUAUUCUAGACUUGAAAAGUCUUUGUUUAAUGAAGAUCAGAUCAGGACCUAAAAAACUAUCAGUGCAGUGAAAUGCGUUGCAGCAUCUCAUGCAGUGAUGUGGAGGCUUAAAGCAUUGGUUUAAAAAAAAAAAAAAAAAAAGAAAUUUCAUCCAUUGCUGGAGACACACUAUUAAAAUUUUUGCCACCGCCAUGAUCUGUAGAGGUGUAUAUUGAUAAGUUUUGUCAUGAAAGGAUGGUGUUCAUGGAAAGAAAUGCAGCUGUUAAUAUUUAAGUGUGUUUUUUAUAAUGUGAAAAUGACCACAAAUCAAAAUUCCAGGCAACAUCUUGUAUGUUUGGGGCCAUAUUUGCUUGAUUGGCAAUAUCUGGAACCUUUGGUGAUUUCAUUAUUCCCUUGUGCCUCCACACAGUCAGUCUUGAAUUUACUUACAGAGAACUUCAAACAUGUCGUCAUAGGUUUUUUGCUGAUUUCACAUCUUGCUGUAGUCCAUGAUCCUGUUUCGAUGUGAAGGGAUGUGCUGAAAAGACAAGUGUAAACAGAGCUAUUUAAAUUCAUUUAUAUAUAUGACACUGGGACUGUAAGUAAGACUGACUUCUAGUAGGUGUCAUAUUCCACUUUAAAGACCCCGUUAAAUUCUCAUUGUGUAUGGAGAAACCUGUAUUAGCCUGCAUUCUUGUGCUUCUUUAUUUCCCCACAAAUUAAUCUUAAUGUUGAUGUUGACAAAAGGCAGAGAUUGUAUUUGUUGGAAGUUGCUGCUUGAAUGCCCUAAAGCCUUAUGAGAAGUGAAUAGCAAUUUUAUCAAAUUUGUCUCCAAUUCCAGUAAAACCAAUAAGAAAAGGUUUAACAAUCUGAAACAAAAUGGCAAAGAGCUCUAAAAUCAAAGUUGUAGAGGAAUGCAAUUAAUUCUUUUGUGUUCUUGGUACCAAAAUAUUUUCCAAGCCUGCUGUGUUUGCUGCUGUAAUUGUCAUUUUUAAGCAUUGGAUUAUUGGCAGAAAUAAGAAAUCUGAGUUUGGGCCAUAAAAUUUUGAAGAUUAAAAUUUUAUGAUUUGAACCCAGGUGAACUACAUGUUUGCAGCCAUGUAUAGAAAACAAAACUACUCGUUAAGUGUUUGAAUUGUGGUGUUUAAGAGAGGAUUAUUUAACCUUGUUUUCCUUUAGGUGUUUUCAGUUUGCAAAGGAAAAAAUUAAAAGAAAUAUAAAAAUGAUAGCUAAGCUAACCUUUAGGGGUUUUGAGUCCCCAGUUCAACAUUAUUAUGCUGUUGUACAAUGUCUGGUUGCAAUGAAAAAAAAAUGCCCCUUUUCGUACUGUAAUGGGAAUGAGCCUAAAGCAAGCUCAGUGUGGUUGUAAAAAAGAAAUAAAAAUAAACAUAAAGGAAAAAUAUGCCGUUCUCUAGUAAUGGACAGGGCUUUUUUUUUUUUUUUUUUUUUUUUUCUUCUUUUUUUGUGUGUGAAGAAGAAAAAAAUGGCAAAGUAGGAGACAUGCAGACAAUAAUUGCUUUAAGAGUCUGUUUUUUACAUGAACAGCUUCGAGCAUCACAAUCAUCUGGUUUUCCAGUCAGCCUGCAGAUGAGAUCUAGCCCGUCCAUGUCCAGUCCAUAUCCUGACACUCUACUGUCUUUAAUCCUCUACAAGAACGGGCAUCAGCUUACUGACUCCAAGUGUACCCACUCGGCAGUAGAAGAUGUUGCAGUCCUCCUCUUCUCGGUCCUUGAAAUACCUUAAAACAGGUUAAGUCACUGCUGAAUCUCAAAGACGUUUUUUUUUUCUGUUUUGCAGGACCAGCUUGUAUUUUCAUGAAAGAAAAAAGAACUUUUUGAAAAUAAUUGUUCAAGAAAUAAGCUUUGUGAGGCAGCUUGUGGCCCAGUCCAAUGUAAACCAGAUGAUGAAUUGAGACAGUCUGGGUAAUGAAGCUGUCAACCCGACAUUGUUUGUUGUUCUGUGAUCAUUUAAAUGGAAAAUGACUAUGAAACCCUCACUGUGUGCAGUCUCUAGGCUGUAAUUCCCAGUUUACCCAAAGUUAAGCCCCUGCUGACAACACACUGGAUACUUGUAUAUAUGUUUAGUUUGUUUCCAAUGCAUUUCUCUUUUCAGACUGUUGUCUUCAUAGUUUGAAAUAGAAUAUCUCCUUCUUGCCUUUUCCCCCAUAUAAAUCUGAUUACCUGAUGGUGGGUUGUGAUGUUGCCUAGAAUGAUUGUUUACAAUUUUAUUCCAUUUAUCUCUGGAUAUUCUGUAAAUAUUGUAAUUCAUUGUCUUUUUUUAACUUGAUAAUAAAGUUAUCAGAUAACA